AUGUCUCCAAUAAGAAAGCUGGUCUUCACGACAUUUGCUGUGUUCUGCGCGAUUUCGAUAUUCUAUGUUAUCAGCGAUGCCUACCGAUCAGAUUCCCAGCUAUUCAUACCGUAUAAAGCAAACAAGCUAAAGGUUUCCAACAAAGAUGAAUCGGUGGUCAAAGAGAAACAGGUUACGGUCACCGCCUCAGACACCGCAAAAACACAGCCGACGCGUCCUGCAUCUCUUCUUGACGACAUUCCAGCCCAUUGCGACGAUCCGUACCUGCGACCAGGCUUUCUCAGAAUGCCAUGGCGAGACGAAUCAAGAGAGACAUACGUGGGAACCCGCUGGAUCCCUUACUACAACGACGUUCUAGCCCAGCAGCCUUUGAGUCCCGCAGCACAGUAUCCAAAUCCAGAUCUGGCACAGGCACCCGAGCUUAUUUUCAAAGAUAGUUCAGUCCCGACCUCGUUGAGAACUCAAGCUCCGUAUGACUGGAUGAGUCUACUGUACCAAUUCACAUUGUCAGAAGUCGUCCCGAUUCCGGCUGAAACGAUGCAGGAAUACAUCAACAGACUCUCUUGGCUGCGAAACAAGCGCGUGCUGAUGCUCGGCGACUCCGUCGACCGCGUCAUGAUCUACAACUUCUGCAAAGAGCUUAAAGCCCACGAGUCCAACUUCCAAAACAGCCUGAUGGGCAAGCAUACAACCGCAUACUGCCGAAUCCCGUCCCUAAACUUCACAAUCAUCCACUGGCACUUCCCAUCCAUGCUUUCCGCGCGGCCAGAUUGGUGGUGGAUCCCAUAUAUCCGCCACGUGCCCUUCGAAGAGCGCGUCGAGAAGCUCUUCCUCGCGAACCAGACCGAAGACCUCGGCACCGCCGUCGCGGGCAUGAACGGCCGCGCACCGGACCUGAUUAUCUACCAGAGCCUGCUGUGGGAUUGGAUGGCGUUCAAUCAAGGCGACCAGGACGAGCCGGCGCGGGAUCUGUUCUGGAGCGAGCUGGAUUUCUAUCGUUCUCGGCUGAGUAUGUUUGUAGACUACUUCCGCAACCUAUUUGGUGCAGACGUACCCAUGAUGUACAGAGCUGUCAUACCGACGCAUGAGAUGGUAGACUCGAGCGUCAUUCUCCGACAACUCGAUACAAUGGCGCGCCACGUCGCCGACGAGAAGGGCGUCGAGGUGUUUGAAUGGGGGCACACGAUGGACGGCUAUCUAGACGAGUAUAGAGAUAAACUGCACGUCCGCCACGGGCCGCACUCGUAUCUGUACGCAAACAUGCUGCUCUAUUAUUUGUUCAGAGCCGUCGGCGGCAAGGAGACGCGCGGACAGAUCAUAGAGUGGCCUGCGAAUGAUACGGAAAAGGCCGCUGAGAGAUGGAAUCUAGGCAAGGCGUGGGAGGAGUGCCAUCCGUAUAACAUGCGGCGCGCUAGUCAUUAG